UGUGUUUUUUCCUUGCACGUUUCAGGAUUACGAUGAAUGAAAGUCUCUUCUCGCCUGUGAAUGACGAAAACUUCGUUGUAAAGGAACCAGAAAAGACUGCCAAGCCUCCUGUACAUGUGCUAACCGCCCAGCCACUGGGCACCCGCUCAAUACUUAAACCUUCACAGAAGGAUAACAUACCUACAUCACCUGCUGAGAAAGAAUCCAAGCACGUGCAGUUUAUUACUCCUGCCCGCAAGCCUGCGUCUAGACGCCAGCCCGCCUCGGAUCCCUGGGAGGCCCUGCGCUACCUGGACGAGGAGGAGCGCUGGGUGGACCGUGUCCAGGUGCUGACCAAACAGGACCACCAGGACUACCUCAAGUACGCUCAGGAGUUCCUGGACCAGAUACUAGACGGCAUCUUCAAAUCUUCGGAGGAGGAGGGACCUAUCCCCAAGUUCGUGUCAGAGCCGUCUGAAGGUGACAAAGUCACAUCCAAGGAGUCUGAGGAAGAGGACCUGAGUGAAGAGUUCAGUACCUCUCCAACCGGAGACGAGUUUCUCACACCCCCGGAGGAAGAAGACCUUCUCUUCGAAUUUGAUCCACUGACUUCAAAGUCGGACUCAGGAUCAGACCGAGAAUUCGAGAGGCUUGAGGCAGAGGCUCUUGACCAAGAGCUUGAAACACCUGUGCUGUCUUCAGACUCAGAAGCAGAAGCUACUGUCCCUGACAUCCCACCAGAAAUUCCCGAAGAAGAACCUGCAGUUCCAUUGCAGAAGGACGAACCUGCUCUUGAGGAGUGCAUUUCACCUCCUGCUCAAGUCAAGCAACCAGAAAAAGCUGAAGAGCAAUCCUCAGAACCAAUUGAAGAAGUAAAUCCUGAAGCUGAGGAAGAAUCUGUUACACCUGUCCUUGCCCAAGACCUUGCUGUUGAACAGGCCAGUAUCCAAGAACCUGAAGAAGAAACUCCUGCCAAACAAGAAGAGCUUGAAGAGGUUGUUGCAGACAGUACCUCUACCAGUGAAGUUGCCAGUCCAGAGGACGAAAAUCUCUCAAUCGAACCUACAGAUACCAAAUCCGAGUCUACCCCAGCAGAUUCUGACUCUGCAGAAGACGAAGAAGUUGAGCCUACUGUUGAAGUUGCCAGCUCAGAAGAAGACGUUGAAGUCACACCAACAGCUGAAGUUGACAACUCUAAGGAGAACAUUUCUGCUGUCAUAGAAGCUGAACCUGUGGACACAGCUGAGGACAAGGCUGCAGAGGAAGUCAAGGCUGUAGAAGAACAGAGUGAACCUCCUGUUAUACACACAGAACCUGAGCAGGUCAACGCCGCUGCUGCAGAUACCAACACUGACAUUGAAGAAAAGCCAACUGCAGAAAUCGUUAAGGCUGCUGAAGAAAUAUCUCAGGCUGAGUCUGCUGCUGUAAGUACCGAAGCUGAGGAGGAAGAAGACAAAUCUACUGUUGCAGACAACAUUGCAAAGGAGGUUGAAGAAACGUCUGAGGUGAGCAGUGCUGAAGAGGAAGCUGAAGCCAGUGAAGGGCAAGAUCAACCUGUCAUUGAAGGAUCUGCAUCCGAAGUCGAAGCUGAGCCUGCUGUGAUUCAGACUCCUGAACCAGAAACCAAACCUGAAAGUGAGGAAGACACCACAGAAAAUACUGAAGAGAGGCCCAUUCCCCGGUAGAGGCAAGCAGUGUCGAAGCACCAGAAGUCCAAACCCAGGCAGCUAUCUGUUCAGAGCAGGAAGCUCCAGUACCCGAGGAAGCU